UUUGACUUCAGUAAUACUGAUCAGUCACAUAGCCUGAAUUUCGUCUUUUUUAGGACAACACAUAUUUUGUCCUGAUAUUGUAAAUAUAUAAACAGCUCUGGUGUCUGGACACACGCUUUUAUACAUGAUGCCAGAACUAAAGACAACUUAGCUGAAACACUACUACAUGGACAUGGACAUGGAUCAGCCAGCUAGUGUGUGUUACUUAAUUCAGAGCCACGGGAAAUCCGUUACCUUCAUCUUAUCUAAAAGAAAUACUAACAGAAGUAAUCAAACCCUUUGUUCCUUUCAAGAGUUCUUCCUCAUAUCAUCCUUCUCACUGUCGCCUCUAGCUUGAAAUGUUUGCCAUUAUGAUAUUCUGGCAUUUUCUUGUACUCUGGGUAAAAAGAUCUCCCACCACAUGUACAGUCAUGGGAAAAAGAAAGAACACCCUCCUUCAAUUCUGUGUUUUUAUGUGAACAACAAUUGUGUGAUCCUCACCAUAUUCUAGAAACAAACAAAUAACCUCAAGUGAAAAAAAAUACAAGCGAUUUCAAUAUUUCAGUAUGUUUAAAGUUACACCUUAAGACUACUUUAAAACUAUGCUACAUGGUGCAACAUAAUUUUUUUUGUACUAGUUCAUAGUGGCCACUUAUGUAUGUAAGUAUGUAAUGGCCAUUUAUGGACAAACUAGGCUACCAUAAAGGUCAUGUUUGACUGGUGCUGGAGUCUACACUAUUGAUAGAUAGAUAGAUAGAUAGAUAGAUAGAUAGAUAGAUAGAUAGAUAGAUAGAUAGAUAGAUAGAUAGAUGGAUGCAUGGAUGGAUGGAUGGAUGGAUGGAAAAAUAGAUAGACAGACAGAUAGACAGAUCGACAGACAGACACACUGACCAUUAUGGCAAUGGUUGGUCCUCACAAUAAGUUAAAGAGCUCAGUCCUUGAGCUCUGGUUACUGCCUGUAUGGAGUUUCUGUGCAUGCUCUCCCUGUGUCUACAUGGGUUUCCUUCUGGUUCUAAUGUUUUCUCCCACUUCCCAAAAACAUGGCAGGUGGAUUGGCUACACUAAAUUGCCCCUAGGUAUGAAUGAGUGGUUGAAUGUGUGUGUGUGUGUGUGUGUGUGUGUGUGUGUGUGUGUGUGUGUGUGUGUGUGUGUGUGUGUGUGUGUGUGUGUGUGUGAGUUUCCACCUCAUGCCCAGUAUUCCUGGGAUAGUCUCUAUAUCCAGUGUGACCCUCACCAGAAUAAAACGCUCACUGAAAGUGGGUGGGUAAACGAGGUUAUAUUUUGGUUACUGCGGUUAAGGUAAGUGUCAGGGUUAGGUGUAGGCAUAGCAUUAAUUAGCAGCAUCAAAUAUGGCAAUUGACAAUCCUUACAUAAUAAGACAAAUGAAAUGCAAGAUAAUGAAUGAAAAUGUAUCAAUAUAUUUUAACUAAUAUGCCUUUCUUCAUAAGUGUUAUGUAGUAUGUUCAUAUUAUUCUGACAUGACUGCAGCACCUUCACUAACAUGCUGAGGCCAAAAGGCCAAAAAUAGACUAGACAGAAUUACUGUCAUACAUCUUCAACACUGCUGAAAUGCUGAGCAGGAGAUAUCUCAUAUAUAUAAAUUGGUUUGCCCUCAAAAAAUAUAAUUAACAUACGGAUUAACAAAUAAUUAUUUGGAACAACUGCUGCUCUUUCCAAUUCAAACAGUAGACAGAAAGCAAAGACGAGAAAAUCCCAGAGCUUUAAUACACUGGAAAUCUGUGCUUAUUUAUUGUCAUAAUCUAAUAACUCUAUAAAUACAUCUAAUAACAGGUUCAAAAUUUGGUAUGCACACCUGAGCACUUUGGGUUGUUUUUUGUUUUGUUUUGUUUUGUUUUGGUGUGUGUGUGUGUGUGUGUGUGUGUGUGUGUGUGUGUGCGUGUGUGUGUGUGAAAACGUUUAUUAGGCUAUUUAAGUGAAAUGUCAAUCAGGAUUCAGGAUUGAUUCCCGGAUCUUGUUUUAAUGUCGAAUUAGGCUGCUGGAUGCCGUAUGCAGGACACUCUGUACGAAUUCGUUGCAAUUUGUUGCUUCUAUUUUAUUUAUUUUAUUUUAUUUUUUUUAAAUGAAUGAACAAGGGUGCUUGCCCGUUCGGCAAUGAAAUGCUUUAUUGCGCAUGCGCGUGUACCGGGACGCGUCCUCCGCUUCCCUCCCCCCGCCCCCCCACUCCUCAUCCUCCUCCUCCUCCAGAUUCUUCUGCAAUGUAUAAAGAGCCAAGAGAAGAAAACAUAACAUUAAAAUGCACGAAACAAAGUGCGCCGAUCGCAAUGAGAGGAUAUAGCUGUAGUCCUUGAUUCGGAGUCGUUUUACAGAGAAUGUCAGGGACAGCAAAUGCGGAAUCAGAGGGAGUCUCCAAAGUUCAAAUAAAAAGGCAGAUCAAGACAAUCGUGGAAGAUUUGGAGAACAUCUUGGGAGACUUGAAGGAUGUAGCGAAAGAACUCAAAGAGGUUGUUCAUGAGAUAGACUCCCUGACUUCAGACCUCCAGCUAGAGGAGAUGGCAAACAGCUCAAAGACUGACACACUCAACAGCAGCUCAAGCAGUACCACAACCACGACCACUGCCUCCAGCAUUGAGAGAAUUAAGAUCUACCCUGAAGACGCCUUCCUGAGACCUCCAUCCAUGGCCUCUGGCAUGCUCACAGUACUGAAGAGGACCCAUCCUCCUCUCCUACCUCCUCGCCUGACGCCAGCCCGAGUCGAGGACCACAGCAAGAGCCUGUCCUCAGGGAACCAAGCCAAAGAGAACAGAACACUCAUGCGCAAUGGCGUCUUCUCUACAAAGCCCAUUAGCAUACCCGGCAGAGAUUCGGUAUGCAUGCCUAAAAGCUCGACGGAAAAAGGACUGACUCUGAUACCCCUUCUGCGGCACAAAAAAAGUCGAUGUCGUCAGGUGACACGGGAGCGGGUGCGAUUCAGUGAAAAGGUUCAGUACCACGGCUACUGCCCGGACUGUGACCUACAGUACGACAUUGACAACACGGAUAUGCACUUACACAGUGAUCUUUUUGACAUGAAACUAAGCCCCAUUCAUCAGUGCUCCUCUAUGGCCCCAGCCCAUGUUCUGAUGGAAAAUGGUGGCCUGAGCCUCAGUCACAGCUUUCCUCCUUCAAAUCAAUCUUGUGUGCCUCAUCAUGCUACUCCAAAACCGCAGAAAACCAUACUGCGCAAGUCCACUACAACAACUGUUUGAUAUAUAAAUCCCCCUAAAGAGACAUUUAAUAAUCUUUUGUAUGUUUUAUUUGAUGUCAUAAGCACUUUCUACUGCAGUAUAAAAUGGAUUAUCUGAAGAUUAAAAAGGAAAGAGGCUAUGGGGAUGCUUUACAGUACUUCAUUGGAAGUCCAAAGAAAGUAAGUGAUCGGUCCCUUUAUGACUGAAGAAAUACCAUAUUGACCAUCUGCUCACCUCAAUUUCAUGUGAUGCUCACUUCAGAAAGCUCUUAGAUCACUACCAAAGGCCCCAUCACAAACAAAGAAAAAUGUAUGACAAGCAAGGCUACUCACCUGAGUCAUCUACAAUCUGUUUAAUCAUAAUGGCCAAACGAUAUUAAAUGUAGUUUGUUGUAGAAACACAUAUGUGAUUCUAUUAGACAAGUUUGUGUAGUCUUUGAGGAGAAGGAGGACAUGACUACAAUUUUUUCUUUUUUUCUUUUUCAUUCCAUAUGGCAUUCUGUUUUAUUUCUGUAGCAGAAAUUCUACAGUGAUCUGAAAAUUUAUUGCAGCUUUGUACAUCUUUUCUUGUGUAAUUAAUACCAUAUUUAAAUAAUAAUAGCAAAGCCCUUUCAAAUAUUGCCUUUGAAUGAUGUGGGUAACCUCUCGAAGAUAUAGAGAAAUGUAUAUUUAAGUGUGCAAACACAGUAUAUGUUUUUAUAAAAGAUUAUUUAUAUAAAUAAAUAAAUAUAUAUAUAUAUAUAUGUGUAUAUAUAUUUAUAUAUAUGUGUGUGUGUGUAUAUGAACAUAUUUUUGAUAUUUCUUAAAACGAUUUUAAAGGGCAUUUAUUUACAUAAUAUAUUUAUGUAUUAUUCAAAGAUAUAGGAAAUUGUGCAACAGCUGCAAGCUAUUUAAAUAAAUAUUUUUUACUCUUCUGAGGAUAAUAACAAUAGGAGAUAUCCAGUAAGUAGAACACUUUUUCACGUAGUCCACUCUAGUUACUUGUGUGUUGUCUAAUGACAGUGAAAAUACUGGGAAAUGGUUAGUCAUCUUCUUAGUCAUCUUCUUCGCCAUUCGUAUUUAUUUUAAACAGUAGCACCAUAUUUGAGCCAAAUAACAGUUGUAAAGAUGGGCAUGUCCAACAAAAACGACCCUAAAAAAAGAAAAAUUCCUGUGGGUUUUUAAGAUGUCAUUCUUAGCACUUUGCACUGAAAAUCAAAGACGGUAUACAGUAGGAUAAAGGACUGCGUUUACUAUGUUAAAUACAGAGUGAUUUGAAAUAGAUUUGCUUUCUCUUUGUGUGUCUGUCUGUGUUUAUCUCUCUGUGUAAGCAUUGCCUGCUAUUUAAUCUUUUACCACAUUAGGCUUUUGCUAAAAGAAAUGCAAACCAAACAGAUGGAAAAUA